AUGGCUCCGAUCCGUACCCAAUGGACGCGUCUCAUUCGAUUCGUGGCUGCCGAGACCUCAAGGGUACACAUUGGUGAACCAAUAGAUCCUAACAUUGACGUCGGAGUCGCUGCACAUCAAGGUACCCCCAUUAAAGCCUACGAAAUCAUAGGCUCUGCAUUGGACCCUGCUGCUCAGGUCUCCCAAAAGAUUCUCACAGUAAAGUAUCUGCUUUCGCCUCUUACCAGGAAUGAAGUCGGUUUUGUGCGAUGCUUGGGCUUGAAUUAUCAUGAUCAUGCGGAGGAGAUUAAAAUGGCGGCGCCUCCAUUCCCAGUACUAUUCGUCAAACCUACUUCGACACUCAUUGGACCAGAGGGAACUGUCAUUAUUCCUGCUGCUGCUCAACCAGUCAAAGAUCACCUGCCCGACUAUGAAGUUGAGUUUACAAUUGUCAUUGGUAAAGCGGCAACGAACGUCAAGGAAGAAGACGCUCUGGAUUAUGUUUUGGCGUAUACGGGAGCGAAUGAUGUCUCUUUCCGUACACACCAAAUGGCCGUUUCUCAAUGGUGUUUUUCGAAGGGAUUUGACAAUACCAAUCCACUCGGUCCAUGCUUAGUCUCCGCUUCAGCUAUUCCCGAUCCCCAAAAAGUUUCCCUUAAAUGUAAACUGAAUGGCGAAACGGUACAAAACGGGACCACUGCUGACCAAAUCUUCCAAGUCCGCCGAACCAUUGCCCACCUCUCUCAAGGUACCACACUUGAACCUGGCUCAAUCAUUUUGACUGGUACACCCAAGGGAGUAGGUUUUGCCCGUAAGCCUCCCAUUUAUCUUAAGCACGGGGAUCGAAUCGAAACCUGGGUUGGCGGGGGAAUCGGGACAUUGUUCAAUGAUGUCAAGGAGGAGAGGGGGUCUGCGAAGUUGUAA